UUAAUUUAUCUAAUAAGUAUAUUUCUCAUAGUUGUAAAUUUUACUUUAUGUAAAAGCAACAGAUCGCGAAUGGAGAUAAAUAAGGAUAAAUCAAGAUUAGUAUACGAUUUUUUUGGGAAUGUAAUUGAAAGCGCCGCGUGUUUAGUUGCAGCACUAUUGAAAUUGGGCUUUGAUCUUGAUUGGAUAUAAACCAGCAGAGAUCUGUAAGCGAGGAUCCACUAAGAAUGGCUGCCGUUUUGAGAAGAUUCAGUGCCGCGCAGAUCACGGUGAUCAGCAAAACUAAACUACCGUCAUUUAUUAUCAGCCGAUCUUUUGCAAGGUCAUCGAUCCGACAGGAUAUCAGCGAAGGAUGGAUAAACAAGCUUUCCGUAAGAAAAAUCGAGCCAACAAAAGAGUCUCAUUCAAGGAUGCUAUCAGAUAAAGGAGUUAUUUACGCUUUGCAUACGCACAAUAUUCGACCUGAUUCUAUUGAUAACUAUUUAACUAAUUAUGAAGAGAUUGUUAACAUUAUAAACUCCAAGAAGUCUGAAUUGAAAUUGGAACUAGUUGGUUCAUGGACUGUCGUAGCUGGUGAUAUCGAUCAAGCUUUACAUCUAUGGCAAUAUUCUGGUGGUUAUGAUAGCGUUGAUCAUACACAAAUUGAAUUGUCUAAAGACAAAGAAUAUCAACAAUUAUUCAAAGAAAAUGGCAAUUAUUUACGAUCACGUUAUUUACAGUAUUUGUUAGCAUUUAGUUAUUGGCCUCCUCUUACAAAACGAAAUGAUUCAAAUAUAUAUGAAAUACGUAGUUAUAGGCUACAACCUGGUACUAUGAUAGAAUGGGGCAACAAUUGGGCCAAGGCUAUAAAUUAUAGACGUAACAAUAACGAACCUUUUGCUGGUUUUUUUUCACAAAUUGGUAGAUUAUAUAAUGUUCACCACAUUUGGUGUUAUAAAAAUCUUCAAGCACGAAUGGAAACUCGUGAGAGCGCAUGGAGACUUCCAGGAUGGGACGAAUGUGUUGCAUAUACUGUACCAUUAAUUAGAGAAACACAUUCCCGUAUAUUGAGUCCAACUAGCUUUUCACCAACAAAAUAGAAUUUUACAUUCACAAUUUUAAAUGUAUUUGUACAAUACAAUUUAUUUCUUAUAUUUACAUUAUAAUAUUGUAAAAAUAUUUGUUAUAUUACAUACUACAUUUAUAAUUGCAUAAAGUAAGCGCUCAAUAAGAAUUGUAGCAUUUUAUUGUAUUGCAAUUACUAAAAUGUAUUUUAAUAAAAUUUAAACUUCUUUGUUACUACA